AUGCAUGAUGAAGAAUUCGACCCGGAAUGCAGCUACAGCGGUGAAGAGUACGAGCGGCGAUUGUCGAAAGAGCGCUUUUUGAAAAACAGUGAGAAGUUGUUCCAUCGAGCGAAGCGGCGCUACAUCUCCGAAUCGGAGAUCGAUCGGAAGAUCGCCGUCCCACCGCCUUUUGAUGAUGACGAGACGCAAUGGCAACGAAGUUUCUUCAAGUCACAAUUCAAGAGGAUCAACGAGCUACGUGCCGAACAUCAAGAAAUCUCGCUGCAGCCCCGCUUUGCCAACAUUUCGCCAACAAUAUUGCACGAACCGCCGAUUCCCGUUGACAGCAGCACUCCAAAACAAGGCAAUUAUUUGCUUCUCAGCCGGCCAUGGCUAUUCGUUGUACUGCUCGAAGAACCCGUGGUGCAGAUCGUGCUUUCCGUUUGCACAGCAAUUGGCCAAACUCCUGGA